AUAUACCGACGGCGUUAAAGCCUCCUGUUUUUGGAUUUCACCCCAAGUCUCAGCAAUACACCCUCACCACCAAUAACCUGCAAAGGCAGAUACACCACCACAGUACUUAUGACCAAAGAUGUCUGAGAUUACGUCCAGCAAACCAGAGAUACCCAAUCCUUUUGAAAAGAUUCUUACUGACUGUGAACAUGAUCCGAUUAAAGUACAAGACCGCUAUGAAAACCACCGUGCAAAUAGAAAUGCACAAUCCAAGGCCAAACUUCUCAGCCCUGAUUUCUCAGGCUGGCAGAUAGAUGAAAUCCUCCGCAAGUUGCACGCACAGGGGACCAACGCACAAAGAGACAAUGAGCCCUCCUCUGUUGAUCCUCGCAACAAUUUCACGCUUUAUGCCCGACCGCCACCAGAGAUCCGAGACCUGGUGGCUGAGAUCCAAGCGGAUAUUCAAGAUGCUGCGCCAGCCAUCUGGGUGACACCGCCGGAUUCCCUGCACAUUACCGUGAUGGAAAUGGCUAGCGGACGGACAGAAGCCGAUAUUGAGGCGUUUCUCACCCAUCUACAAGAAAGUGGCACGAUACCAGACCUGGUGGAUUACACAUUCCAUCAUCGGACGAGGUUGGUUAAGCCCAUUCUUAGCUAUGAUGCGAGUGCCAUGGCCUUGAGCUUCGUUCCUGCGGCUGGGGAGGAAACUGCCGUUGGAAACCAGACAUACUGCGAUGAAGGCGAUAGGUAUACCUAUCACCAUUUGCGACGUGAUCUUUUUGAUCGCUUGACUGCAACCGGUUUACUCAUGAAACCGAGGUAUAUUGUUCCCUCAGCACAUGUUACCAUUGCGCGGUUUAUCACACACGAUGGAUUUAUAGUAGAAGGCUCAGGGCCAGAUGGAGUCCCGGUUGUAGAUCAGGAGCGAGUCGCUGCGCUGGUCGAGAGGAUCGAACAGAUUAAUGGAAAACUGCGGCAAAAAUAUUGGCCGCAGGAGAAUGGGCCCAUGUCUGCGAAAGGAGAGUGGAUUGUUGGGCAAGGAAAAGGACUAGAACUUUGUAAGGGUAGAUCAUAUUACGGUGGAGGAGAGAAUGUUGUCACAGGGAAAGGGUUCCCUUAAGUCUAUACAUUCCAUACUGAUUAAAGAUAGAAGAGCAAAUGACGACACUGAUUGGAUGUG